UUUUAGUCUUGACAAGAUGGCGUAUGCGGUUGUUUUGCCGCAGGGACACUGAACAAAUCAUACAGUUUCUCGUGUAAAUUCGUCGACAUUGCAGUAGCAUAACUGUUAAAAAGUGUUUUGUUAGUCGCGCAAAGCCAGAGCACAUCUAACAUGAAAGGGAAAGAGCGGUCGCCUGUGAAAAAACGUUCAAGGGCCUUGGAUGAUAUACGAGACAGGGGAGGAAGCCAUCCGACCAGUAAGAAAAUGGGGGUUAUCUCGAUCUCUGGCGGUGGAAGCAACAACGGCAAUAGUUCGUCUAAAAGCGAAGGGGGUUCUGCACGACGUGGGCUGAUCGGAGAUAAAAGAGACGGACGGGAUUUUGACGUACAUGUCUCCAGUCGGACUGGAAAUAACCACGGUUACACCAGCCCUGUUGCGAGCUCGAGCGGCAAGAAUCACGCCUCGAGCCUGUCCUUAGAGGCGGCCGCGCGCACCAACUCGCGCGGAGAGUCGCGAGCCCCGCUUCCCACAAACGAAAGUGAGUACAAAACUUUAAAAAUCAGCGAGCUCGGCUCCCAGCUGAGCGACGAGGAAAUCGAGGACGGCCUCUUUCACGAAUUCAAAAAAUUUGGCGACGUGAGUGUUAAAAUCAGCCGAGUCAACGACGAGAGAAUCGCAUUCGUCAACUUUAGGAGACCGGAUGAUGCCAGAGCGGCGAAGCACGCGCGAGGCCGGCUGGUGCUCUACGACCGUCCUUUGAAAAUUGAGGCAGUCUACUUGAAUAGGAGGAGAAGUCGAUCUCCUGUAGAUAAGGACCAUUUCUCUGUCGUUGCAGGCCACAGACAUUUGCAUACCCAGAGGCCGCUCUCUCCAACCGGUUUGGGUUACAGAGACUACCGGUUACAGCAGUUAGCGCUUGGUCGGCUUCCUCCUCCCCCACCCCCGCCUUUACCGAGAGAGCUUGAAAGAGAAAGAGAGUUCGCCUUUUAUGAAGCCAGGGCGCGGCCUGCGUACAUCGCGGAGCGGGCCGCUCCUUUCCGCGAGGAGGACUUUAUCUCUCCCGAGGACGACCAGAGAGCCAACCGCACACUGUUUCUGGGUAAUUUGGAUAUUACUGUGACUGAAAAUGAUUUGAGGAGAGCUUUUGAACGAUUUGGGACCAUCACAGAGGUGGACAUUAAAAGACCCUCUCGGGGCCAGAGCAGCACCUAUGGCUUUCUUAAAUUUGAAAACUUGGACAUGGCCCAUAGAGCAAAAAUGAGCAUGUCUGGGAAAGUUGUGGGCCGAAACCCCAUAAAAAUUGGCUAUGGCAAAGCCACCCCCACCACACGCCUGUGGGUGGGCGGUCUUGGACCUUGGGUGCCGCUGACUGCGCUAGCCAGGGAGUUUGACCGCUUUGGCACUAUCAGGACUAUAGACUACAGAAAAGGAGACACCUGGGCUUAUAUUCAGUAUGAAAGCCUGGAUGCCGCUCAGGCGGCCUGCACACACAUGCGUGGAUUUCCUCUCGGCGGUCCCGACAGGAGGCUGAGGGUGGACUUUGCUGACACGGAGCACCGCUACCAGCAGCAGUUCUUGCAGCCCCUCCCUUUGCAACACUAUGAAAUCGUGGCUGAGUCUUUCGUCCAUCGCGCCACCCCCGAGGCCAUCAGGGUCCGAGAACGGACUCCCCCACCGCUGCACUUCAGAGAACGAGAACUGUAUGCUGGGGCUGAAUGGCCUGUGCCUGCCAUCCGUGAACGUGUACGAACUCCUGCCUUCGAGCCCCUCGAACACUUGGAGCGCGAGCGACGGCGAGAGGCCUGGUCACUGGAGAGGGAGCUGCCGGGCAGGGAUGCUGCACGCAAGCGGCGGCUCAUGGAGGACGGGAGACAUCUGGAGUGUUCACCUGACAGCAGCAGCGAGUGGGCGGCCCGACGUCGCAGACCGCCAUCCCUCGAGGGCAGCCCAGGAGGGAGCAGUCGAGAUGGACGAUUCAGCGACUCCGAGCGGCCGGCGAGAGCAGACCGGGUGUCCCCUUCACGAGAGAGCCGCAGCAGCCUGGACCGAGGCCCUGGUGAAAAGCGCAUCAAAAGCAGCAGCAGCCUCUUAGAGUCCAGUGUCGGUGUGAGCCCUGCGGAGAGAAAGCGCAAAGCGGGCGAUUCAGCCAAAGGUGCCUCCAAGAGGGACCGAUCUGAGAGCAGCUCCAAAAGCAGCCAGGCUUCAAAGCAGGAUGCAGGGGGGAAGCUGAGCAUGGCCUGGAAUGGCAUGCUGCUCCUAAAAAACAGUAACUUCCCAGCCAGCAUGCACCUCCUGGAGGGGGACCUGAACGUCGCCAACAGUCUCCUCAUCGACGGCAGCACGGGUGGUAAAGUCACACAGCUGCGCAUUACACAACGCCUUCGCCUCGACCAGCCCAAGAUCGACGAAGUGUCUCGGCGCAUCAAAGUCGCAGGCCCAGGCGGGUAUGCGGUCCUACUGGCAGUUCCGGGCAGCUCCGAGGAAGCCUCAUCUUCGGACCCAGCAGCAUCGACGCAGAGGCCCCUGCGCAACUUAGUUUCGUAUCUGAAGCAAAAGCAGGCCGCCGGGGUCAUCAGUUUACCCGUCGGGGGCAGUAGAGAUAAGGACAACACUGGGGUCCUGCACGCAUUUCCACCAUGUGAUUUCUCUCAGCAGUUCUUAGAUUCUUCUGCGAAAGCUCUUGCCAAAACGGAAGAGGACUUCCUGGUCAUGAUCAUUGUGCGAGGAGCAUCUUAACAAUCAUAAUACACACACAAGUGUUGUUAAAUGCAAGCUUCUCUAAAUGUCUCUUAAUUGCAUGCUCUCUAAAGCAGAAGUGGUACUAGAGUAAAGGGCAAAUGUUAUUACUUGCUCUGCCAAACAUGUACAAAAAAAAAAAAAUGAGAGAAAAACGCCCAUUCUUAUAGCAAAGUUUAGCUCUAUAGCAAUAUAUUUGUUUUCAUUUGCAAUUUAUUCAGAGGUCUACUUUGUGACAAGUUGUACCCUGCAUAAAAGAAUGAAUGAUAUUGGGAAUAUUAGAAUAGGAAUUUAAUUUGCUAUUGGUCAUUAAACGCAGUCUAGUUCCAACACUUCCCAUCAACAUGUAUUUCAGUCAGAUUCCAGACAGUCAUCCCUGUACGAAAUUUUUUUUUGUGAAUGUUCAUUUCGUUCAUGUUUAUGAUUAUCAAUUAAUCUGAUUUAAUGGGAACCUGGUUUAUGUGUCUUGAUGCUUUGAACAAUCAUUCAGUAAUGGGGAGUGUAAUAUAGGUAUAUAGUCCUGUAGGCCACUAAAACAGGCAGAAUAUUUUGCUCAGUGAACUGCAUGUUGAUGCUAGUGUUGUACAGUAAGCCGUUGCAGAGGUUUAAUAUAAAAUGUCAUCCGUGUUAUAUCGGUUGAUACAGGCUGCAUUUUUAACACCCCUUUAUCACAUUAAAAAUAAUUUGUGAACGUAUUUUGAUUAUAAAAGUAGAUAUUUCUAAGCCCUCCUUAGACCAAAGCAUAACAUCAAGCUUUCAGUUUGUUUAAAAAUGAAAAAGGUGUUCUGAAAUACUGUUUUCAUAUUUUUGGGUUACAUUUGAAAGGUUUUGAAUGAAGCAUAAUUCUGGUUUCAAAGUGGGAUAGAGUGAAAUGUCUCUGUUUAAAUUAUAAUGGGUCUCAGAUAAUUAAUUUGAUUGCAUAGGACUGUCAUAAUUUCCCAGGUAAAACCUAUUUACAGUGAUAUUGUUAAUAAUGGUAUUCUUAUGAAGGCCUCUUUAUAAAGUUAAAGAAAAAAGGUGCAUUUACUACAAAAACAGACUUUUCCAUUCAUCAGUGUAAAGUGCAUAUGCCCUAUAAUGUGAUAUUGUCAUAAUCACCCGUAAAUUGCUAUGUGGAUAGCACUAAGAAAUUAAGGUGUAUAACAAAUGUAAAAAAAAAAAAUCAAGCCCACAUAUUUGUACAAAAAAUAGAGACUUGAUGCCCUAAAGAUUUGGUUCCUGUGCAACUGUAAGACAGUCUUACGUUUUAUUUCAUUCACAUACCUUUAGUUGACAAUAUAGACGUUCAUUUAAGUAUGUUUUUAGUUUGAAAUAUUACACAAUGUUGUGGUUCUUAGGUGUCAUUGUUUGAAUGGUUUUAAAAUGGCAGUCUACACUUUUCUCUAAAAUCCUGAAGAAGUAGAAAUUUGUGUUCUUAGUCUGUUUAGCUAAUUGCAGUGUACUGAUCUGAUGCAUAACUAACAUCUUUUCAUGUAUGACUUUUCUAUUCACACUAAAUUGUGUUUUAAAAGUU